AUGUUAGUUUUGACGUACAGCACGGUCGCGGAAAAAUUCUUUUCCAAGUGGCAUGGAAUAAAUAUUGUAUUUCCACUCGAAAUUCAUAUACGGACGUUCAUUAUGGACAACAAGGAAAUCAUUUCAGCUCUGAAUAGCCAAGGUAGCCAAAAUGCCCUUGAAGGGCAAGAAACCGUAUCCCUUACCUCCCAUGAAUCCCAAUCAAACACAAAUUUCGACGAGGAGAAGGUUGAGAUGGGACUAAACAAAUCUGAAGAGGAUUCCAUCCUGACGCUUGGAUCGGAAUCAGUGAUCUCGCAGACGAUCAAGGUUUACCUUCGAUUGAAACCUUUCCCGCCAAAGAUCGAGCUCACAAAGGAACAAGAAGACGCUUAUACCAUCGUCAAUGCUACAACGUUGUUAACGAAAUUCCCGGGUCUGGACGUGAGCACGAGAUCCCUGAAGAACGUCAAGGCGAACGAAAGGGUGUGCAGAACAUUUACCUUCACGUCUGCCUUCGGGCCGUCCAUCACGCAGACGGAAUUGUUCGACGGUGCGAUCAAGCCUCAGGUCGAGGAUUUCUUAGCCGGACAAAGCUCGACUGUCAUGAGUUAUGGCACUUCCAAUUCAGGAAAGUCUUACACCCUUAACGGGGUCCCUUCGGCGCCCGGGAUCAUUCCAUUGAGUAUUAAUUUCGUCUUCCGAAACACAAACUCGACGCUGUCAACGCCGUGGUACAAGCCGAUUUAUCAGAGUCACGUGAUUGGUUUGAGCUCGACGGAGCGAGUGCGCGAACUUGAGAUAAGAGACAAGCUGCUGUCUUUCCCGUUUCCGGAAAAGACGGAAUUUAUUAACGCCUACCAAACUAUGCGGGAGACGAUGAAAGGGGGAGAAAGUGAUUCGACGCUGUCUCAUAAUGAGAACCUUAUGUACUCAGUUUGGAUUUCCUUCGCCGAGAUCUACAACGACGCUAUAUAUGAUCUCCUGUCGUCUGACUGUCAGAAGAAAAAAGUACCGUUAAAAAUGGUGACGGACAAACAAGGCAGGACAUUUAUCAAGGACUUAAGAAUGGUCUACGUCAACUCUGAUGAAGAGGCAUAUCAGGUUUUACUAGCCGGACAGUACAGGUCGAGGACCGCGGUCACGACGCUGAAUUUUCGAAGCUCUCGUUCGCACUGUAUAUUCACGAUUAAACUCCUCAAGUAUUACGCGGAGAGCGCAGCCGAGGACGUCGAAGUCAGCGCUUUGUCCUUCUGCGAUCUGGCCGGAUCGGGACGUUUGAAGAUGACGAAAAACGUGGGGGAUCGACUCAAGGAGACGCAGAAUAUAAACACGAGUUUGUUAGUUCUUGGCAGAUGUUUGAAAUCCAUAUGGGAAGGACAGUCGGUGAAACAGAAAUCGGAGCUCGUCGGUCCGUUCCGCGAAUCAAAAUUGACGCGGUUAUUUCAGAAAGCUUUAUCCGGGAAGGAGCAGAUCACUCUGAUCGUCAAUGUGAACCCUCUGCCAAGUAUGUACGCCGAGACGCAAAACGUGCUGAAUUUUUCUGCCAUCGCAAAAAAAAUUAUCGUAGAACCGGCUAAGGAGGUCAAGAAGAAGAUGUUCAGGACAAGAUUUUCGCGGGCCGUUUCACAGAGCGUGAAAACUUACACCGAUUGGGAUCAUGCAGUGGUAGAGGAUUCUACGCACGAGGUUUAUCCGGAAAAGAGCGAAAACUGCGAUUACGUUCUUCGCGAGUGUUACGAGGAUUUGAUAGCGGAACACGAAAAAUUACAACAAGAAUACGCAGAGCUGAAAAAGUCUAUGAUAGACAAGGAUCUUGAAAUUCGCGAAGAAAUGGCCAACACUUAUACCGGGUUGAUAAACGACCUCGAGGCCAGCUGGAUGAGUCGUUCAAAGGACGUGGAAGAGCAGCAGGAACAUCUUCUUGCCUGGUCGGUGAACCAAGUGGAAAAUUUUUACAAAGAAAAGCUGAGCUGUCUGAACAGUAGAAAGCGCAGGCGUUGGGACGACGGCGAUGCUGUUGACGACAGGGAAGCCGAUAUCCGAGAAAUGGAGGCUGAGAAUGCCGGUUUGACUGCAAAAAUUCUCGUCUCUAAAGAGACAAUUAAAGAGCUCAGAUCAGCCAGGGAAAAUGCAAUUGCCGAGAAAAAUAAAGCUGUCUUCGAGCUGUCACUUCUCAAGGAGGAACUGAGGGGCGUGAAAAAAAUGCUGGAAGCAGCUGAAAAUGAUAUUCGACGUAAGGAUGACGGAGCGCAUUUCACCGAGGAACUAAAGAGGCAACUUAACAGUAGAGAGGAGCGCAUUAAAAAUCUUAAAGAAUUUCUAAACGAGGCUAAGGAGGAGUACAUCAGGAUAACUUCGGACGCCCGUCGUAUGCAGGAAGAAUUGAUUGAGGUGAAUGCGAAUCUCAUCGAGCAUGCCGAGAAAAUCGACGACCUAGAAGAGCAACUCGACCAAUCGAGCGUGUGCUUGGCCGAACGAUCAAAGCGGCUAGACCAGAUGACGGAAAAAUUAGAGUGCCAAGCCAAGCAGUUGGCCGAUGCUGAAGCGCGAGUGAUCUACUCAGAGAAAGAGUUGAAGAAAUCUGAAUCUAUUCGGUUAAACCUAAUGGGCGCGGUUGAAGAUUUGAACAAGUUGUAUAGAGUUGGAUGUGCUCACGCUCAGAAAAACUCUAAUUCUACCGAGCAUAAUUUCGACCUAUUUCCUUAUGAUGCUGACUGUGAAUUAAAUGUGACUGGACUUGAAGGCAUGAAAAUAGAUGGAGAAAUAACCAGUAUCGAAACAGAAAAUUCACCUACUCGAGAUGAUUUUGUAACAACGAAACGGUUCGAAAACGUCAGAGAGCGAACUAUGAGUUUGGAUUCACUAAACGAGGGGAUCUUUCAAAGGCAAGAGGCCAGUAGCACUGAUAACACUGACGGAUCAGUUUAUAACAAAAAUCAAAGCUCUUUCAAAUUCAGUACUGCCAGUGGUAUAGAUGAUUCUGGAAUUGCAGUGACCAUGAGCAGUAAAAAUCAAACGAUGGAACAAAUUAAUGACCUAGUAGAUACAGAUUUGGAAACCGAUGGCAAAAAUUGUAGGCUGAGCAUUGCUGAGUUGCAUAUUAAAAAUUCAGUGGAUGAACUAUUAGAUAGGUUGCAGUUAAAAUUUGGUGAGUUGGGGAACAGAACUCAAAUUCCCCAGAGGCCAGAAAGUGCCCAGCAGAUAAUAAAAACCGUCGAAGCUAGUUUUGACAGUAACGAAAUUCCACUAACAGAUACAAGCUACUUAAAAUCAACGGAGAGGGAACCGCAAUCACUCAGUUUUAACGACUUGGAAAAGGACGCACGAGUGUCGGACAUUUUUGUAAAAUUGGAAGACGAGAAAAAGUGUUACUUAGACUCCUUGUACGACAAAGUAUCAAAGCUUGAAAAACAGCUUUCACAAACGAACAUGCAAUCCGAAAAAACUGCCACAGUAUACUUCAAUGAGCAUGAGAUGAGAAUCGAUGAGUUACAGAAAGAAAUCUCUGAUUUGAAGCAACGGGACCUCGUCAAGAUGCCACCAACGGAAACAAGUAUGGAUGUCACGUCGAGGAAUAGCAUCCUCAUGUUGAGCGAGUUAGAGCAAAGAGUCAAAACAUUUGAAGACACCUUAGCCAAGUGUCAGUUGCAUGCAGACAAUCAGCAUAAACAAUUGCUUGCGAACAUGGAAAGACUGUCGUCCGUCGAAAGCAAAAUACAAAGCUGGCUGCUCCAAGAAUUGAAACAUAGCAGCAUAAGUCCCACUUCGAAUGAUGAAUCAAACACUGAUUCGCAACUAGUCAAGGAUGAAGAAGGCUACCUUAUUGUCGAAAAAAAUUUGCAGCGAGUAGAAAGAGUAGAUGUUGAACACAUUCGUGAAAACAUGAAAGAAAUUGCCUCCGAAGCGAAAGAGACUAUCGGAAAAGACGGAAAGCUGCUUCGAGAGCAACAAAUCGAGGAAGAUCAAGAAAAUAAUGAUGAGACAUUGUCAAAAAAUUGUGAAUCUGAACCUUCGGUCUACAGCAAAGUGCCGAUGUAUCCAGCGAUCGAUAAUCUGUCAGAUGAUCGCAAAUUUAGCAACGUUUCUUUGGGUUACGGAGCAUCUCCAAUCGAAGUAGACUUUCUUGCAGCGUCAACGCCAACGCGGCGGAGUGAGGCUGACCAAUUUGAUGCCAAGGAAUCGCCGAUCGAAUGUCAAAGUGAAACUGCAACCCCAGUCCGACCUGUUGUAGAAUCAUCUCUAAUGGUCAGAGAUACGUUGAUCAUCCGAUCAAGCAUAAACGACAUAGGCUCAGCCUACAAAUCUGUUAUUUGCCAAGUCUUACGCGCCUCCAUAAAUGCUAUUGACGGGCGUGACGAAAAGACAAGACAAUUGAUCGGAAAAAGUGCAGCGGGCCAACAAACUGUGAAUUCCACGCUGUGCAUUUCUACUUUGGAAUGUAGAAGUUUCCCCCUAAUUUCGCAUAGUGAGCGGAAACCAAUCACUAAACCCCUGCAGAAAGUAGUCAUCCAGUUAGCUGGGGUGCUACGAGAUGUUAUUGUAACAAACAUCGGAACCACAUUCGGUGAUGUAGCGAUGAUCGGCAGCAGAGGGGUGGACACAAAACCAAUAAUAUCAGUGAUCGAUAAGAAAGAAACUGUUUGUUAUUGGCUUAGAACGAGCAAACUAACCACUGCACAGUAA